AUGAUCUAUCGCUUGCUUAUUGCUCUACCCUUUAUCGCCGCUCAAGGAGGUGUUGCGCCACCAAACGACCGUUGUGUCAAUGCUGAACCAUUGGUUGCAAAUGAACCUACGGAUGGAGAUACCAGCUUUGGCAAUUUUGACUUUAACGCACAGGGAGUAUGUGGCGCUCGAAGUGAUCGAGCGUCUCUUUGGUACCGAAUCACAGGUACUGGAAGAGAGGUCACUGUUCAAGUUUGUACAAAUAAUGGCAAGAUCACAGAUUACGGUGUCUUGACUCUUUGCAACAGUCAAAAUUGCCAGGGUUUCCCAGCGGUGAAUACUGGACUGAUUUACGAUUGCGCACAAAAUAAUACUUUGGAUUAUAGGUUUAUCGCCGAAGAUCAGGAGUGGUACUAUGUUCACGUUCGAUCAGACAUCGGUGAUAUCAAUGCUCGCAAUGGAAGCAAAUUCACGGUCCAGUACCUAGAAGAUGAGGACGACGAACCCGUUGCCACGCAAGGUGACUCUGCAAUGGGACUGUCAGCUAUGUUUGCCCUCGGCGUUUCAUCAGUCCUGGCCCUUGUAUAA